ACCGCGCCUGCGCGGCUCCUCCUCCUUCUCCUCCUCCGUCGUCUUCCCCCGGCAAGGUUUCGCCGCCGCUUCUCUCGGUCGUUGCCGCGGACGGGCCUCAGCCAUGGUCUUGGGCGUUCAGCAAGUGGUGGGGUGCCUGGCCCUGUGGGCCUUCUGCGCUCAGAGCAAGCCCACCGAGAAGAAGGACCGCGUCCACCACGACGCUCAGCUGAGCGACAAGGUCCACGAUGACGGCCAGAACUUCGAUUACGACCACGACGCCUUCCUGGGGGUUGACGAAGCCAAGACGUUCGACCAGUUGACCCCAGAGGAGAGCAAAGAAAGGCUGGGAAAGAUUGUAAGUAAAAUAGAUGGCGACCAGGAUGGGUUUGUAACGGUGGAGGAGCUGAAGGCCUGGAUUAAGUUUGCCCAGAAGCGCUGGAUUUACGAGGACGUGGAGCGCCAGCGGAAGGGCCACGACCUCAACGGGGACGGCCUGAUCUCCUGGGAGGAGUACAAGAACGCCACCUACGGAUACGUCUUCGACGAUCCAGAUCCCGACGACGGUUUCAACUACAAGCAGAUGAUGGUGCGGGAUGAACGGCGCUUCAAGAUGGCCGACCAGGACGGAGACCUGGUGGCGACCAAGGAGGAAUUCACCGCUUUCUUGCACCCCGAGGAAUACGACUACAUGAAGGACAUUGUCGUGCAGGAAACCAUGGAGGAUAUCGAUAAGAAUGGAGACGGCUUCAUUAAUUUGGAAGAAUACAUAGGUGACAUGUACAGCCACGACGGCAACACAGAGGAACCGGAGUGGGUCAAAACGGAACGAGAGCAAUUUACGGAGUUCCGGGACAAGAACCACGAUGGGAAGAUGGACAAGGAGGAGACCAAAGACUGGAUCCUGCCCUCCGAUUACGACCACGCCGAGGCCGAAGCGCGGCACCUGGUUUACGAGUCGGAUAAGGACAAGGACGGCAAGCUGACGAGAGAAGAAAUUGUGGACAAGUACGACCUUUUUGUGGGCAGCCAAGCCACGGACUUUGGUGAAGCCUUAGUACGGCACGACGAGUUCUGAUCCAGGAAUCUCCUUUUUCUUUUAAAAAAAAGGGGAAGAAGUUGGGGCGGGGGGGGAGAGGGAGGGAAUGUUGUUUUUACCGUUUUCAGGAUUAACACAGGAAAGGCUCUGCGACCGGAGACUCCGGUUCAGCCAAGAAUGGGGAGGGCGGGGGAGGAGGAGGAGAACCAGCCUCUUCCCCCAAGUAGUCCCAUCCUCCUCGCUUCCCACCCUGUCUUCCCUCCCUCCAAGGUGGGGAAGGGGGCGGUCAGUAUUCUGACCCCAAGAUUUUGAUUUAAAAAAAAAAAAAAAAAGAUUUGCAUGUUCUUUUAUGUCUAACAAGUUCAGUUUUAUUUUUGUAUUUUUAUUUUAUUUUUUUGGUUCCGUGUGAAAUGAAGAAUGUCUCUCCUGAAGCGAUAGGCCUAUUGGGGGACUGGGGGGGGCGCAGGGGGAGGACAGCCCUGUCCCCCACUUUUUUUUAAAAAAACAAUUGUGUUUCUUUUAAAGCCACAAAGUCGGAAAGCAGGAGAACAAGACACGGCCGAGAAGAGUGUGUGUGUGUGUGUAAUCUACACUCAAAAGACCCCCCCCCCAUUUUUUAAAUCUUCCAAGAAAGCCAACAGGAGAAUUUGGGGGGCUCCAUUUAGCUUCUCGGCCUCUGGAUAGAAGGUCUCCCCGCCUUGAAGGCUGCAAAAAUCUCGACUCGAAAAUAUCUGGGGGUCUCCUUCACUGCCCACAUCCGAUCACCCUCCAGAGCGCCCCCACCCCCCGUGCCUCAGUUUCCCCAGCAUCCCUCAAAUCGCUUCAUUUGUAGGAGCUGCGCGGGUCCUCUCUCUUCAUAAUUUUCAAGCUUGGUGAUCUCCUCUUGGUGUCCGCUCCACAGAUAAAGCGCCCGCUGGGGAGAUGUCGAAGAGGCGAAGUUGACUCGGGUCUGUCCCAGGUCGAAGUAGUAGCUUCUUCUCCCAAAUUGCCACCCCAGUAACGUAGAGUAGGGGGUGAACCCACACCUGGGUCUUUAGAAGGAGGGGGGGAGCGGGGGGGGGGGGGCUGGCAGCUUUCAGGACUCCUGGAUUUCCUGCCUUUUCGAAGUGCCUUUCUCAUUCAAAAAAAGCAGUUUGACCCAACGAAAGGCGUGUGGCGAACUCAGGCCAAAACGUUCUC